AUGUCACUGGAAACGGGAUUCAAUUUCCUACUUCCUGAAGAUCGCGAAUGUGCCAAAACAAUUGUUUGUGAGGAGAAGCCCUUUUGCUUGGUGAUAGCCUUUCCAUGUGGGCCAUGGAGUCCUUUGCUCCACCUGAACAAGAACACUGACAUUGCCAAGUUGCAAGCUGACGGCGCAGUGCUUUUGCAAUUUGCCUUGGUGCUUGCAGAUAUCCAAGAGCAAGCUGGUCGUCACUACGUGCUUGAGAACCCUCAGCCAAGUCAAGCAUGGAAGCAACCUGAGAUGACGAAGUUCCUUGACGAGCACGACCACCAUCUGGCAUGUUUUCAUCAGUGUCGUUUUGGCCUGCGUGGGAAAUUUGGACUUCACCGUAGAGCCACAAAGGUAGCAACGUCAAGCUGGAUCACUUCUAGGUUGUUGGAUGGGAAGUUUUGCAACCGUCUUCAUCAACAUCAACCUGUGUUGGGUGGCAAAGCUGUGACUGAGCCUGCAGGUCAUUACCCUCAUCGACUUGCAAAGCUCUUGGUGGACUGCAUUGAGCGACCGGCUGGCGAGGAUGAGUCUGAACUGUCUGAGGAGGAGGAAAAGGCGAGGAUCAAAGCUUCUGCUGGUUUGAAGGCAGCUAUCAAAAGGCUGCAUGACAACACUGGUCACCGGUCGAAUUUGCGACUGGCAAGGGCAUAUACUGUAGCAACCAGCGGUGCACCAGCAGAAGCAAUCCAUGCUGCAAAGCACCACAAAUGCGAGAUUUGUCAUGAGAAGCGACAGCCGAAAGCCCGUCGCCCAGCAUCUUGGCCAACGCCUAAGGAUGCUGGAGACCAAGCCAACAUCGACCUCUUGGACGUUGUUGACUCCACGGGUACCAAGUUCAUUGUGGUGCACAUCAUUGACUAUGCAACGAGCUUCCAGCUCGCAGAACUUCUUCCGAAGAAGCAGCUGGCAAUUCACAGCCACAGCAUUCUCUUGUGGCAUUGCGGUGUUGGAGCUCCCUGGCAGAAUGGUGUUUGCGAACGAGCUGGUGGCACUUUGCGAAUCAUUUUGAAUUGCCUGGUGAACACUCAUCAGGUCCAAGGUUUUGAUGAGCUUGAAGAAGCGUUGGGUGAAGCUGUUGGUGCAUACAAUAGCGACAUCGAUGAGCUUGGAGUUUCGCCUUCACAGGCUGCAGCUCUUGUUGCACUGAGAGAGACCGCAAAAGUUGCUAUGACCAGGCUUCAUUUUUUCAAAAGUAUUCGCCGCAGUGAGCUUGCCCGUUCAAGAGCGACUACAGAAGAUGAUGUGCCUGAGCCUGGAUCCAUUGCAUACUUCUGGCGUUUUCAGAAGUACAGCAGCAAGCACCAACCUUCAAGAAAGCUUUUGACCUUGCGGAAAUGGCAUGGCCCUGCGCUUGUGAUUGCCCGAGAAGGACCCAAUCUCUAUUUGAGCUUCAAAGGACAAGUCACCAAGUGUCCCAUUGAACAUGUGAGAAGGGCAUCAAGUAUGGAGCAGAUUGCUCGCUCAACAUGGCGGGAUGCAAUUGAAGACUGCGUGACGGCGACCAUUGGGGAGAUGACUCAAUCUGGACUUCCUGACGAUCCCCAAAGUGAAACUUCUGAUGGACUUUCACGACAGCAGUAUGAGGCAAGACUUGACCCUGUGAUUGACCGGGCAAAAGCUGCUGACUCAAGAUCCCUUGCUGAGAAGCGUCCUGCUGAUGCUGCAGUUCGAGAUUUGGAGAAUCAACAUGGGAGUGAACCACCUCCGGCACCUAGUGCAGAGAGGCAAGCACUUUUGACUUCACAGGAACGGCCUGGACUUAUGCCUUCCUCGGAACGGCUUGGACUUACGCCUUCCGAAGUGCUUGAGGCCUCGUCCAUGUUGAAUCCAAACGCGCAUCCUCUACUUCAACUGCAAGCCUUGGCCGAGCUUGACCGCAAAGACCCUGACCGCGUCAAGCUUGUCAACCACGGAACUUGGGAUGGUCGUUGGGCAUGUCCUAUGGUUGAUGCAGUUCAAGCAGCGCGCAAAGAAUACUUCUGGCGCAACAUGAACCGCGCACAGAGGAGAGCGUUUGAGCAAGCUGCAAAGAAAGGUUGGGAUGUUUGGAUAGCCAACGAAGCAGUGGAGGAGCUUUUAGCAGAAGAGAGCAACAUUGUUUGGCGCGAGCUCAAAAACAAGAAUGAGACGUGCAAGGUCCUCACUCCAAGGUUUGUCUAUACGGACAAGAAUGAUGGUUUGCGGACAGCUGACCACGACCUUGAGAUCAAAGCCUCAGCUCGAUUGGUGGUGCCUGGUUUUCCUGAUGUGACGGCUUACACCAUCAGGAAAGGUGCUCCCACCUGCAGCAGAACCACGCAGCACUUGGUCCUGAUCUUUACCAGCUGUCGGUAUAAGAAGGGAUGGCGGCGUGUCAGCGCUGACACCAAGUCAGCUUUUCUGAAGGGUGACCCGUACAUGGCUGGCUGUGCCGUGUGCGAAAAGGAGUUUUCGGGCUCAGUGAUGCACCGAGGCAAUGGUACCUUCAUCUUUGCCGCGCUCUUCAAGACCGCCAACUUACUCAUGAAACUUUUCAAGGAGCACGAAGAUUUCUCCUUGACUCUCAGGCCAUUUGACUUGGAAGGAUGUGGACUUUUGGUAGUUGCAGAUGCAAGUUUGGGCAAUGUGACUCGCCAAGGAGCAGUUGGCGAAGAUCCUUUUGCGCGAGUGUGCAGCCAAUCUUCAUGCUAUGUGCUCUUGGGUGAUGCCAAGCUGAUGCGUGGCGAAGAAGGCAGUUUCGCUGUAUUGGACGCGCGGUCGCACAGGUCAAGCCGCGUGUGCAGGUCCACAUUUGCAGCAGAGCUCUACUCCACUGAGGAGGCCUUUGACGUCGGCAUAUACUGCCGUGGCGCCUUAGCAGAGCUCCAGGGCAAGCCCAUCCAGGGGCAGUUUUUGCCGAUUUGUGAGACCAGGAGGCCAAGCUGA